CAGUGGAGGCGUGAAAAGAGGAGUUGAACUGGUGACAUGGAAAAGAAAGUUAGAUUUGUUUUGCAACUUUUGCUUACUUUUUGUGCUUUUAAAGUAAAGGUUUGCCAAAUGUGCGAUGUCGCAAACGUUCAAGUAGAGAACGAAGAUGGAGUGAUUCAGGUUUUUGAAGUGAAACGUUUGGAACCUGUCAAGGGAGACACAUGUGGAUCAUGCAGUCAACAAGCUGUCAACGCUGGACCUCGAUUAUCCGGACUAGGAUCGAGUGUCUUUCUGACAAUAGGAGAAGCUGCGCCUGAAUGUGAUGACAAAUCAUCUGACCCUCCUGUGGGACUCUGCUCAACACUUAGGGAUUCUGGAUAUUGUGUCAAGGAAGAAACAGAAACAUGUCAGCAUAGUCUUGAGGAUUUGGCCACAGAGAUAGUUGAGAGAGAUCUAGUACCUCUAGCAUCACAGAAUCCUGAGGCUGAUAAAAAACUAGCUUUAGGAUUUGUAUUGUUAAACAUGGGAAGUUAUGAUGCAGCAAUGAAGACAUUUAACGAAGUUUUGUAUGAAAGUAAUGAUUUAAAAGGUGCUUACUAUGGCAGAGGAAUGGUGUAUGCCAGGCGAGGUUUACAGGAAAAAGCCAAUGCAGCUAAAUCUAUCAGAGAAUUUACUGAAGUCAUACACAGAACAGAAAAUUUUCAUGAACCAUUUGCAAGAAGAGGGGAGGCUUACAUGGCAAUUCGUCACUACCCUGAUGCUUUGAAUGAUUUCAAUAAAGCUAUCAAGUUAAAUGCUCCAACAAGAAUCUUUUUCCUACGAGGAGUUGUAAACCUUUUACUGGAGAAUUUUUCAGAUGCAGAGAAAGAUUUCAAGUUAACAUUAGAUAAAGACAGUCCUACAUAUAUUACCAAUCUGUACCACUUGGGAUUAGCACAAUACUAUAGAGGAAGAAUUCGGAAUGCAAUAGAAGUAUUUAAAGAGGUAUUAAAAGUACAGCCAGAUCAUAUUGAUGCUUGUUCCAGUGUAGGCCAGGCUUACAAAGAACUUGGUAAUUUACGAGCAGCAAGAGGAAAGUUUAACAGAUCCUUAGAAAUAAAUUCCAAUCAUUCAUUAACCUUACAGUUGAGAGCAAAUAUGUAUUACUAUAGUGGUGAUCCAAUGAAAUCUUUACAGGAUGACCAGAAAUGUUUAAGUGUAGACCCAGACAAUAUACACUGUCAGUAUAUGGAAGCUUUGUCAUAUAUAGCAACUGGUAAAUUCUAUGAAGGUUUAAAAUCAACAACAAAGGUAAUGGUUAACAAUAUGCCUAUGAUGAAAGCUACUCCUGAAUUUUUGCGAGCUCAUUAUUUAAGAGAAUACGGAAGAUAUCUACAUGCACAUUUAGAAUAUUCUCUAACAGAUCUGAAAUUGGAUGAAGAUUUAAACCAUGAAUUUAAAGAUCGUUGGGCAAAGAUAUCUCCAUUUACAUUUAAAACACAAUAUAAGGAACAACCGGGUCUUCAACCAGAAAUACCUGAUGUAAAUUUAUUGCAAUUUGAAGAAUUAGAUAAAAAUAAAGAAAUAUUAUUAUGUAAGGCUGAUGCUGUUGGUAAAAUGAUGCAAGUCAAUACCGAUGGUUAUACACCUAAUAAAAGAUAUAAUUUAGCCAUGGGAUUAGCUUCAAUACACAUAGCCCAGUUAUUAGAGGCAAAAUGGAAAGGAUUACGACAAAAUAAGCAACAAAUGGAGAGAGCGUUAUGGCGUGAUGUAUUUAACAUAGCAGUACAAUACAGACGACUGGUAGAUCCAGAACAACCUGUUUUAUGGUUAGAUUUAAUGACUCCUCCAGAUAAUGAAAAUUACAGAACAGAAUUUAGUUUUAUCAGGGGAUCUGUACAUAAUAUAAAACUGAUGCAAUAUUUUGAUUUGGUGUUCAAACUGGCGAAGACAAUGCUUGAACAUUACUCAGGGAAUGGAGCAGUGUUUUAUCCUGAAUUACAAGAUGACAUAGAAAAAGCUAAAACAGUUGAUGAUCUUUUAACUGUAGCAAGGAAGCGUCAAAUAAAUCAGCAUGGCUUUAUGGUGUCUACACAAGUACCCAGUAGCAGAAAAGAUGGCAAUAACAAUAAUAGAUUAGAUGGAGCAAUGUUAAUAUUGACAGAUAGCUGGAGUACUAAAAUGAUGUUUGCUAUCCAUGUUGUACAUUCCAAGAGUCGGACAUCAGCAUACCAUGCAGAACUAGAUGCAGUAUUCAAUCAGUUACAGGAAGAAAUAAAAAGGACAGGAAUAACUAAAUUGACAGAUGUGGAUUCUGUAGUGAACAUCAUCCUAACAUUAGUGUACUAUUUCUACAAUUUAAUGCCUUUAACCAGAGGCUCCUCUGUGGUAGCUUAUUCAGUGGCCUUAGGAUUAUUAAUGUCUGUUGGUAGACAGGUGACAGGAAAAGUUCCCAAUGGAAAGUUAUUAGAGAUGGAGGCCAUGUUAUCUGGAGCUCCAGAUGCCUUUAUUCUUGUAACUAAACAGUGGAUGCAAACUAAAAAAUUAGCUGUACCAGUUUCACAGUUACCAUCUGUUACUGAAGUUUUUCCUACAGUCCGAAGUAUCAUCGAAGUUUUGAAUGUCAAUACAGAUUUAUGCUCUUAACAAAUUGUCUUGUAUUUUUUAUAAUUUUAUACACACAAAUUAAUUAUGGAGGAGUUUAUAAACCAGAUUUUUAUAUUUUAAAGAAAUAUUCAAAAAAAUAUGCAUAAAGUCUACACUUGAGUGAAAAAGAUCAAAACAAUUAAUAUACACUAAGAUAUUUGUUUUUGUAGUUCUUGUGGUGUUUUGUUUACAGUACAAUGGUAUAUUUUUAAAUUGUUAUUGGAUGCAGAGUUGUUUCAUUGGCAUUCACACCACAUUUUCCCUAUAUCUAAUGGUACAAUUAUCAUCUGGUUUUGUAUAUGCUUGUAAUAUUGGCGCCUGAAUGGCUAGCAUAAUACUGUUUUUAUAACACUGUUUAAUGUCAAUCUUGAUAUCAUUCUAUACACCUUUAAUUCAAUUUUAUUUAAACACUUUAUAAGCUGAACUGAUAAACAAACUUAAUUUUAUUUUGAACAAAGUUGAGAGUAAUUUAUUUUAGGGAUGGUAAGACAUUGCCAACUUUUUCUACCAAACUUGGUUAUUUCAAAUGUCAGAGGAGCAAGACAAUUCAAUCUUUACAUUUAUUGAUUGGUGUUUAAUGCUACUUUCAGGACUAUUGUGCUAUUUCAUGAGGAUCAGUUUUACUUUAUGGAGUAAGCUGGAGAGUACAACUGACCAUCAGUUAUAAAAUGCGAUAGUAGUCAAUUAAGAAUUUAGUCAAGCACAUAUCCCAGUGUUGACAGGCUUGUGAUGCACACUUGACAAAAAGGUGCCUUGUUAUCUGUCAUUAAAGGCUUUUUUUUUUAAUUUAAACAUUGCCGUCAAAAUGGUUUGUAAGUAAUACUGAAAUAUUAUGAGUAUUUUUCUCUUUAUGGUAUUUUAUGAAAUUGAUUGGCGAUUUGGAAAUGACCUAUGAUUCUGAAGUGUGAGCUCUAAGCGCCCCCUUUUAAGUUUUGAAUGAGUCGUUUGAACCUAAGAUUAUUGUCAAAUAUAAUCAAUUGUGGAGUUCAAAUAUUUCUAUGUCCUCUUUCACAAUGUCACAGAAAAGGAACAAUUCCAAAAUAUUUACAAAAUUAUUUUUGAUACUGUCAACAUUUUCAAAUAAUGAAAUUGUAAUUUUUUGACCUGUUAUACACAUUGUAGAAAGAUACAGUUACGUUGGUAUCAUUGCACUUCAUUUAGAACCAAAGGAACUUGGUCUGCUUGAUUUUUAACAGUUUUUUUUUAAUUUUGUACAAAUUUUCAAAAGACGAACAAGGUUUCAUUUUUAUUUCUUUUUAAAAAUGUACAAUUUAUAAAGUUUGUUAAUAUUAGUUAGAAAUAGAACCUUCAUGCAAGUCAACAAAAUUUUGUUAGAACAGCUUGAAAGAAGGUUGAAUUCAUAUUAAUGCUUAUUGUAUAGAUUUAUUGUUGAAGAUUUUGUUGAGAAAUCAGUAUCAGAUAGAAUUCUGAUUGGGUUGAUGUUAUUGGUUAUUCAAAUAUAUUCUGCUUCAUAUAUUUACCUUUCUGUAUAACAUUUUAUCUUGUUUUAUUAAUGGCUUAAAAAGGUUAUAAUUAUUUUAAAAUACAACUAAGAAAUGUUAAAGCAAUAUAAGGUUUUUUUUUAAAUUUUUAUCAUUUUAUAAAUUAUUUGAAAGUUUUUAAAUUCAAAAGCAUUAGAAAAAGAGCAUUAUUUCUAUUUAGGUGCCAGGUGUUUAAAUUGGACAGCCUGUAUUAAACGCAUUUUCAAAUACUUAGUAUAAUAUGGCUAAAUGGACCUCUUGUGCUGUAUAUAUACUGGUGGUUUAACUUAAGAGCUGUAUGCUUCUUUUUUUUAAGCUUUUUUAGCUUUUUAACACAUUCUUCAAUUGUAAGUUCUAAUUUUUCAUUUUUCCUAAGUAUUGACAACUCAAAACCAUUAAAGUUCAGAUUCGUAAAAUUUUAGUAACAGCAAUAUUUGUUAAUUUCUGAAGUACUGAAGUGCCAAAUCUAUUGUAAUAGUUGAUAACAGUUAUAUUUUUUAGUUUUAUUUUAUUUUAUAUCCACAAAUAUGAGGUUGCUGAUGAGUUUCUGGAUGAAUAAUGUGUUUACUGUAUUUUUUCUCUUUUUUUUAAAAGUUUUUUGCACAGAACAAAUAAAAUUGACAGUUACUGUCUGUGAUAAAAGUCAAUAAAAGAAAACUACCUCUUAA